AUGGCUCCACCAAAACCUCCAAACCCUUCUUCCAAAGAAAUUUUGGAAGAGGCUAUCCAAAUGUCUACCCAACACUUUAACAAUGCUAUGGCUGAAACUCAAGAACAAAUAGAUGUAAGGUUUGCACAAAUUUCUGCAUCUAUAGCUCAACAAAUGGGUGAGAUUCAUACAAGGCUGAAUUCCGAAAAGGAAGAUGAAGAUGCUAAGUAUGAAGCUCUCAUUGCUGCCAUUCAAAAAGCUGGGUUAAACCGUGAGAAACAGCCCAUGACAGCAGCGGCUACCCCUUCAGCGUCACACUCAGGUACUGCACAACAUUCUGCUACUGUUUCUUUUGGUUCUACUCCGUUCACACAAACCCUUACAUCUGCACAUACCCCUCUUCGAAACUCACCAAACCAUAUACACAGCAACCCACAGCCUUCUGUUUUUACUACCCCUACACUAACAGCAGCACCUCCACCGCCACCUUUUCACACAUAUUCCCCUUAUAGUCAUCCACAAACUACUUUCAUCCCUCCCCACACCAUUCCCCACCCUUUCCCACAACCAGACUUUUACCAACAACAACCCCAUAUUCCUACCUUACCCCCCCCCCCCCCCCCCCACGUUCCCCUAAACUCGAAUUGCCAUUAUUUGAUGGAUCUAAUCCCUUAG